GGAAAGGAUGUUUCCCAUGGUGGGGAGGGUCUAGAACAAGAGGGCACAGCCUCAGGAUAGAGAGGCAUCCGUUUAAAAACGAGAUGCAGAGAAAUUUCUUUAGCCAGAAGGUGGUGAAUUUGUGGAAUUUGUUGUUCGGUGUAUUGAAGGCAGAGUUUGUUAGGUUCUUGUUUGAACACAGCAUCAAAGGUUACGGAGAUGGGGCUAAGCAGGGUAAAAAGGAUCAGCCAUGAUUGAAUGGUGGAGCAGACUCAAUGGGCCAAAUGGCCUAAUUCGGCUCAAAAAAAGCUCAUUGUUCCUCAGAAGUUAAAGUUACUAGCCCAUAAAUGACUGUGUGUUAGCAUCCUAUGUACUGUACCAGUCCCAUGACCAGAGACCAAUAAUAGUUGAAGUAUUACAAUUUCAUCUCUUGUUUUUUUUUUACAGAUUUGGAUAGUUUUUCUUUUAUUGAUCCACUUCAAAACAACAAAUCCAUUAAUAUUUCCUCUCCACAAAUGUUUACCCUGUACAAUAUCUUAAAUGCACUCUUUGCAACUGUAUUUACUGGGGAGAUGGAUAGAAAGUCUAUAGAAGUGAGGUAUCAACUUCGUGGACCCAAUACAGAUUACAGAAGAGGAGGUGUUUGCUAUCCUGUGGCAAAUCAGAGUGGAUAAAUCCCCAGGGCCUGAUAAGGUAUUCCCUCGGACUGUAUGGGAGGCAAGUGCAGAAAUUGCUGGAGCACGAGCAGAGAUAUUUAAAUCAUUCUUAGCGACAGGAGAGAUACCACAGGAUUAGAGGAUAGCGAGUGCUGUUACGUUUUUUAAAUAAGGCUCUAAACAGAAACUAGGAGAUUAUAGGUCAGUGAGUCUAACAUCAGUUGUGGGGAAGUUAUUGGAAGGUAUUCUAAGGGACCGGAUGUAUGAGUAUUUGGAUAGACAGGGAUUGAUUAAGGAUAGUCAACAUGGUUUUGUGUGUUGUAGGUCAUGGCUAACCAAUAUUAUAGAGUUUUUCAAGGAAGUUACCAGAAAAUGAAUGAAGGCAAGGCAAUGGAUGUUGUCUACAUGGACUUUAGUAAGGCAUUUGACAUCUAUAUCAAUGAUAAGGAUGAUAAUGUGGUUAACUCGAUCAACAAAUCUGCAGAUGAUUGGAGGUAUAGUGGACAGUGAGGAAGCCUAUCAUGGCUUGCAGAGGGAUCUGUGUCAGCUGGAAAAAUGGACUGAAAAAUGGCAGAUGGAUUUUAAUGCAGUCAAGUGCAAAGUUUUGCACUUUGGUAGGACUAACUAGGGUAGGUCUUACACAGGAGAUGGGAUAUUAUGUUGAGGUUGUGUAGGACAUUGUUGAGGCCUAAUUUAGAGUAUUGUGUGCAGUUUUGGUCACCCACCUACAGGAAAGAUGUAAACAGGGUUGAAAGAGAGCAGAAAAAAUUUGAAAGGGUGUUGCUGGGUCUGUAGAACCUGAGAUAUAAAGAAACAUUGAAUAGGUUAGGGCUGUAUUGAGGUUGAAAGGAGAUUUGAUAAGAGAUAUACAAAAUGAUGAGGGAUAUAGAUAGCAUAAAUGCAAACAGGCUUUUUCCACAGAGAUUGGGUGGGACUACAACCAGAAGUCGUGGCUUAAGGCUGAAAGGUGAGAAGUUUAAGAGGAAUAUAAGAGGAAACUUCUUCACUCAAAAGGUCGUGUCUUCCUCGUCCACUCUGCAACUUAAGACCAACUUCUUUCCUGUCUUCUUUGAUGGAAGAUAUUAAGAACCGCCCACCUACUAAGAGCUACCGGCACGGUUUGUCGUCAUACCGAUGGAGAAGCGCCCCGCCCCUCGUGUGACGUCAUUGGCGUCGGGUCGCUACAGCCAAUGAGUGAUGAGCGAGGGAGAAUUCAAACGGUGCGAGCCGUUGGUGAGCGGAGCGCGGGGCGGUCGGUAGCCGAGCGGCCAUGGAGCUGGACGGGUUGAAGUACUCGGAGCUACGACAGCUCGCCAAAAAGUGCGGGCUCAAGGCGAAUCUGAAGGCUGAUAAGUUGUGUAAACUCUUGGAAGAGUAUUUCCAAAACCAGGCGACAGUCAACGCUGAUGUGCAGGCUUCAGAAGAUGAUAAGUGUAGUACAACCAUUUUAAAAGAAGGGGAUGACACUUAUGUGACUAAACGACGGGGCAAGGGAAAGCUGUCAAAUAAAAGCAAGGGAAAGCAGAAAGAAAAUCGGAAUGAAUCUGAAAAUCAACAGGCAACUUCUGAAAUUGAACAGCCUUCAAUGGUGUUGUCACCACUUUCCGAAAAUUGUCAACGUUUGGAGGGUUCAGACUCCAAGAGAAAACAAAGAAAACGACAUGCACAAUUUCAACUUUCUGUAGACAAUGAAACUGAAAGAAUUCCUGAUGAGAAUGUUGCUGUAACCCAAUGUAGACAUUUACCAACUGAGGAAGCACCCGUCACAUCUGAAGGGACUGCUGUUCAAUCAAAGACUCUUGUUCCAGCUAGCAAAAUUCCAUCAUACGUAGGAGCAGCUAAGAAAAGUGGAUUAAAGACUCCCAUCAUUGGUAGAAGAACUGGAAUAAAACAUGCUACACCAGACUGGAGGAAGAUUCAUGAAGCAAAUUUCAACAAAAUGGAGUCAAUUGACUCGUAUAUUGAACGGAAACGGAAACAUCUUGAAGUUUUUAGUAAUUCUAUCAAACAAGUGAAGAUGUUGGCUGAAAGUUCCAUUCAUCUCAAAACAUCUGAAACACAGCGUCCAGGGAACAAUGUGAAGAAAUCACUGAAUGGACCUCAGAAGAGCUUGUCUUCUUUGAUUAGCCCACUGCAACAGACAAAAAAUAAUAAAUUAUCCACGCCAGCCAGCCAAGCUAAGCUGCCACGAACCUCAGUCUUCAAACCAUCUGUGCACUCCGUUUCCAAAAUGAAUGUUCGCUUUACAGAAUGUACCAAAAAUAAUGAGAAAAAGCACACUGCAAUGAAAACUCCAUCCAGAAUGUCACCGUACACAGAACCACCCAGUAAUCUUGACACCGAAGAGGUGAAAAUAAACAUGGUUUCACAACUGAAGAAACUAAAGGACCAGAAAGAUGCCAGCUGUACAGAACAUACCCAGAGUAAAGUGGUUACUCCAUACAAGUUUUCUAGCAAUGCCACUCCUGGAACAGGCAAAAAGUUCGACCUGCAGGCCAGCUUGACUCGGCCUCUUGGGUACAAGCCACACAAAGGAAAAUUAAGACCCUGGGAGGACACCAGAGAGAUCAGAGUAGCUGAAAAUAAGUCACAGAAUACAAGGUGCUCUGCUCAGAAUUAUAAACAGCCAAAAUUGCAGACAAGGGAAAAUCGACGGGAAAAGUUGGUGGAAAAGAGGAAGGAGAUAAAGAACCACAUGAUGGGAGCAAGGCGAGGCUUGGUCAUGGAGUGAAAGAGAUCAACCCGCUGGUUGGUUUAUGCUAAUACUUUCCUGUUAUUUUAUUGAUGUGGUUAUUGACCUCUUUGUUAAAAAGAACUUUAGUUUUCCCUUGCGUGUAUCACUAUAUAAGGGGGUGAUUGAUAAGUUUGUGGCCUAGGGUAGAAGUAGCCAGUUUUAGAAAACCUGGCGCAUUUGUUUUUCAACACAGUCCCCUCCUACAUUUACACACUUAGUCCAGCGGUCGUGGGGCAUAUGGAUCCUUCUUUGUAGACAUGGUCCACAGAUGGGUGAGUGAUAAGUUUGUGGCCUAAGGUAGAAGGAGAUGAGUUAUACAGCUCUUGUUACAUGCACAUGCAGUUCAACUCUUUGAGUGAUUAUGCAGAAAGUUUGAAGUUAAUAACUCAUCUACCUUAGGCCACAAACUUAUCAAUCACUCCUGCAGUGGACCACUUCUGGGGGUCCAAGACGCCAACUUCUACAAAGAAGGGAUCCGUAUGCUCCACGGCCGCUGGACUAAGUGUGUCAAUGUACGAGGGGACUAUGUUGAAAAAUAAAUGUGCUAGGUUUUCUAAAAUUGACUCCUCCUACCUUAGGCCAUGAACUUAUCAAUCACCCCUCGUACUUCAGGCUUUGCUGUGAUUUCAGUCUUGAAUCUGUAUGUAUUUUGCUGUUGGGCAUUUCUCACAGAAGUGCACAUCAAUGUUUGAACUCCUCUCCUCUGGAUUUCAAGUUUGGUUUUUAUUUUCUGUAUCCAGAACUUAGAUUUACAUUGUUGGCUGGGAAAGUAGAAUUGCCCCAUUAUGCACAGAAGCUGACUUCCCUUCUGAUAUCUAAUGGAACUCCUGAGAUUGCAUAUGUUUCAGCAUCUUUCCAGCAUUAAAAUCUCUCAUCUGCUUAGUAUUACAUUUGUUAAUUGUUGUUCGGAGAUCUGAUGUCUGUUCAUUUUGUCUAGUUGUAGUUCAGUGCCACUGAUGUUUACUGUCAUACACUUUCUGUUCCAGAUUUUCAGCACUGGGGUUUAUUCAGGCCUAAUUAGUUGGAAGUAGAAUGUGCCCAAUUAUAUUUAAAGCUUGGACCAUUUCUAACAAGAUCCUAAGAUCUAGGCUCAAAUAAAACCUCACUAAGAAAUGGCUGAAAAAGCUGAAUUAUGCACAUUGUUCUUUGCUAAUUUAUCCUGAUAGUUAUCAAUUACUGGUAAAUGUACUAAUUGUUGAUUUAUCUUUCUGAUUGUCAAAGCCAAAAAGUGUUUUUGAAGUGCAGGAAUUGCUUCUCUAAGGGGUUCCCCUUAGACUAAACAGGUGAUGGCACUUUGUACAUUACUACUUCAGUCCUUUCACUGUGUUUAGUACUCAGCUAGGGAAAAAUAUUGAUUGUUUACUACAAAGCCACAGUCUGAAAUGAGAGCAGAUGAUGUUGGACAAUCUACGACAGCAAAGGAGGAUCAAGCAAUUUAGUAGUGCUUCUUUUGCUUAAUGUUUUAUGAAAAGCUCAACAGUGUAAACGCUCAAAGAAUGAUCAGGAAGACAAAUAAUAGAGAAGUACUGCUAUCUCAUUCUUUAGAAAUUGAUGUUUGCCUCAUUUUUUAAGAAAUCUAUCCUCUGUUAUUGCAGUAGUAUUUUUGUAUGGAUAAAAUAAAUAUUGGUAAAGUAAAACAUUCUGUAUUUGAUUGUGAAGGCUGGAUACCUACCAGUCCCACUGCCUAAAAAAAACUUCUAUUUGUGUUCCUGUUAGUCUUAUAACAUUUUACAUGGUAUUUCAGAUAUGUUGUCAAAGAUAUUUUGAUAUUGAAAAAUAUAAGGAGAUAAUGGAACAGAUAGUCAAUAAAGGUUUUAAGCAGCUCUUUUUGUUCCAACUGCUAUUUUAAGUUUUUAACUUGUCUCUCCUCUAGCCAAGUAUUUUUCUUGCCCAUCAUUUCUAAAUGAUGUUCCUUUGUCCUUUAACUAUCUGCUAACGGCAAGUGCUUCCUGUUUACCUUGCCUAAAUGUAAUCAAAGUUCAAAAUAAAUUUAUUAUCAAAAUACAUGUGUCACAAUAUACAACCAAGAUUCAUUUUCUUGCAGGCAUUCACAGUAGAACAAAUAAGCGCAAUGGAAUUUAUGGAAAAACUACACACACAGACUGAAAAACAAUGAAUAAAAGACAAACUAUACAAUUCUGACAGAUUUCUGAGAUUUUUGUUCCAGAAUUAGCAACAUUGGCUUCUGCUGUCUAAUCGUAAUUUAAAUCCUUCCCUGGAACUAUUUGAGCAGGGCCUUACUAGAACUUAUCAGAAUGCAAAAACACAAGGAACGACUUCAUGUUCGCUUCACUGUUUAAUGUGAUCACAGCUUAAACAAUUUUGAUCUCCAUGCUACCUUUUUGGUUUUGCAAAACACAUUCCUUCUGAAGAAUUCAUCAGGUCUAGCAACAUCUGUGAAGAAAGGAAUUGUCAGUAUUUCUGGUCAAAACCCUGAUUGGUACAAGUUCCUCUAGCAGAAUGGCUGUUGUUCCAGAUUCCAGCACCUGUUGUGGUUUGUCUCCCAUACUCUUUGAAGUUCCCACAUUUAGAUAUGGCAACCAGAAUUAGAUGCAAAGUUGUGGUUCAUAUAUUUUAAUAAAUGUUUAUCAAAAUCCUGUAUUUCUAUUCACUUGUAGUAUGGCCAAGGCAAAGAACACAGAUCAUCAUAUAGUGUAUAUUAAUUGGCAGCAAUACAAGUGAAUUACUAUUUCACCAGGAGUGUUUGGAUUCCUGGAUGGUGAGAAGCAAGAAUUGGAAAGGCAUUGUCUGUGGUAAGGAAAGGAAUGGGUGUUUGGAAGAAGUCAAUGAGUGACUCGGAGUUCAGUGUUUAAAGGGAAAGCAACAAUAUAACAUCAUUUUGAAGUAGGAAAUUAUGGAGACAUUCUGUUGGAUGUGGAAAAACCAAAUGCAGUAUGUGGGACUGCUUUGCAAAAUGUCUCCAUUUGAUCUACUAGGAUGUCUGAAUUGUCAGACUGUCAUGUCAAUUCUUUUCACUUGUACAUUUGGGUAGUGACUACUCCAUGCUGAACUAAUACUCUGCGUCUAUACCCCUUCCAUGCAUGUACUUAUCGAAAGAUCGCUUAAAUGUUGAAAUUGAACCCAUAUUCACCACUUAUGCUGGCAGCUCGUUCCACACACACUUUGGCAAAUUCACCAUCCUGAAUGAAGAAAUUUGCCCUCAUACCCACUUAAACAUUUCACCUUUUGCUUAUGACCUCUACUUGCAUUUGCCUUGUCUAUACCCUUCAAUUUUGAAUACCUCUGUAAAAUCUUCCCCUCAUUCAAGUACACUCCAGGUAAUAGUCUUAACUUAGUCAAGUUUUCCCUGUAAUUUAGGUUCUCAAGAACCAUCACCAUACUUUAAAAUUUUACCUACACUGUUUCAAUUUUAUUGAUGUCUUUCUAGUAGAUAUGUGACCAGAACUGCACACAAUACUCCAAAUUUAGUCUGACCAAUGUAAUUUCCAAUCCUGUACCCAAUGCUCUGAUAUGUGAAAGCUAAGGUGCCAAAAGUUUGUGACCCUAGUUAUCUCUGAUGCCACUUUCAUGGAAUUAUGGAUCUAUUCCCAGAUCUCACUGUUUUAACUCAACGCCUUACUGUUCACCGUGCAGGUCUUAUCCUGGUUUGUCCUAAAGUGCAACAUCUCACAUUUGUCUGCAAUAAAUUCUUCAUUUCAUUUUUCCAUCUUGUCCUGAUCCCGCUGCAAGCUUUAAUAGUGUACCUCAGGGGUCCCUAACCUUUUGUCGCACUGUGGACCAGCCGACCUGGGGGGGCGGUGUUAAUCAUGACCGGAAUAUAGGUGAAACUAUAAGUCACUUAUUAGUGGCUAAUGCACUAAAUUUCAUUUCUAAAUGGGUUUAUCUAAUGAAUUUAAUAGUAAGCGCAAAGUGUAUAUUCUCCUCCCAUGAAUAUAGUGAUAAGUCACUUAUAAGUCAAUAGCUUCAGAACAUUUUAAGUAACGUUUGGAUAUUAAACACAGCACAUAUUUUUCUCGUAUGAACAUAUAAAAUCAUUGCAACACACCAAUAUCGCAGGAUCAGUAGGAGCGCUGGGCUUGUUUCCCUGCAACAAGACGGUCCCAUCGAGGGGUGAUGGGAGACAACGAUACUUGAAGUGGGUUCCUUAUGUCCAAUCUAUUCCGCAAUUUAGUUUUCGUUGCAUUCAUCGGAGAAAACCCCGCUUCACAGAGAUAUGAUGUUGGAAAUGGAAGCAACAUUUUCAGUGCUUUUGUGGGUAUCUUAGGAUAUUCAGCUUUGACUUUGAUCCAGAAUGCCGGCAGAGAUGUUAUGUCAAACAUACUUUUCCAGUCACUUGCUUCUGUCCCGCUUGCUCACAUUUUUUCCGCUCAAAAAACUCAACAGGUUUGUCUUUAAGUGCAGGGUGCUUGGACUCAAGGUGCCGAAGCAGUUUUGAGGGCUUCAUUGCCUCACUAGACAGCUUGUCUCUACAUAUCACACACCGGGGGCUUGGAGCGUGUGAAUCACCGGUCACAAUAAAGCCAUAUUUUAUGUACAACUUGUCGUAUUUUCUGUUGAAGGAAGUUUUUUGCAGUCUUGGCCUUAGUUGUCUCUGCGUUAUCAUCAUCAUUAGGCCUUUUAUGUCCCCUACCACCUCUUCCAGAGGAACUCUCAAGCGACGGUUGUUUUUUUACUCAAGUCGACUGAUGACCUCGCAUGCGUUCAAGUUCAACAGUGGGCGUGACAGGGAAUGAGGAAAGGUGCAGCUGACUCAUAUCAUUUCAUAUCACCAAAUCAUAUUGUUUGCUCACCGCCCAGUAGCACAUGAUUUGCGGCCUGGUGGUUGGGGACCACUGGUGUACCUCACUGUCAACUACACCCUCAAUCUUGGUGACAUCUGCAAAUUUGCUGAUCCAAUUUACCACAUUAUCAUCCAGAUCAUUGCUAUAGAUGACAAACAACAACGGACCCAACAUUAAUCCCUGUGGCAUUCCACGGUUGCAGGUCUCCAAGACUGGUUAGACCAGGCAUGGGCAAACUAUGGCCCGCGGGCCAUAUGCGGCCCGUUAAGCUUUUUAAUCCGGCCCGCAGAACUUGAAAUUAUAUUAAUAAACCUUGUUAGCGUUUUUUUCCCCGCAAUUCUGGUGUUUUCCCAAUAGAUGACGCACUCUAUAUACUUUGACUUUUGUUGAGGUGCAGCGUAUUAUUCCACAUUUGCGCUUUACUCUUUGUUUGGCUUGACCUAUUUGUGUGAACAGGCGUUCAGCGUCAUGAACAUCAACAAAGCCAGCCACAGAUCCAAGUUAACUGACCAACACCUCAGAUCCAUCCUGAGAAUCGCCACAACAAAACUAAAUCCAGACUUUGAUGCGCUGGCUAAAAAGGGAGACCAACAACACUGUUCCCACUGAAAUUAAAAAUAAGUUUCUUCGUUGUGUUAUGUAAAAAAUGCAUUUGAAAAUAUUUUUUUCAAUAAGCCUUACAUGUUACAUGUCAUUUCUGUUAAGUGAUGGACAUGAGUAGUGCGCAGGUGCACGUACGUUCUCAAAAUAAAAAAUGCGCCCCAGAUCAAAUAACGCGCUCCGCAUACUGGCGCGCUGUCAUUGUUCUGUCUUUGUGCUGGUCGUUGUUGAGUUUUGGCACGGGACAAUUGAAUAAGAAGGAACAGGACAAGUAGACCUGCAUCUCCUACCGUUUUUGAAAUAAAGACAGUCAGGAGGAGAGUGAUGAUGAUAAUAUCUUGAAGGAUAACAGAAUUUUCAGUGUUUUAAAAGUCAUUUCAAUAAAUAGCUAAAUACCAUGGGACUUCAAAGACAGAUAUUUUGUUGUAAUUGUUGUUUCAUUUUCAAUUGAAAUUAAAGCACAUGUUUUCUACAUAUCCCAUGAUAUUUUAUUUUCUCUUAUGAGGUGUAUUACCAAAACACUCCGUCCAUCUGCUCCUGGUCCGGCCCCCCUGUCAAAUUUUAGAACCCUUUGUGGCCCACAAGUCAAAAAGUUUGCCCACCCCUGGGUUAGACACAACCUAUCACCUUGACUAAUUCUAGAGAGAUAACCAUCUACUACCACUCUCUGGCUUCUCCCAUGAAGCCACUAUUCAAUUAACCACCUCAUCCUGAAUGCCACUGUCUUUCCUUCAUCAACUUUUCUGGUAACCUGGAAAAACUAUGAUUGGUUAAACACAAUCUACCACAUUAAGCCAUGUUGACUAACUCUAACCAAAACAUAUUUCAGGUCCUGUUGAAUAAUAACCACACAAUAACUAUUAACGUCAGGCUUACAGGCCUAUAAUUUCCUAUCUUGUUCUUGGAAACUUUCAUAAACAAUGGAAUAACAUCAGCCUUCUUCUGAUCCUCUGGCACCUCACCAUGGCAAAGACAAUUUAAAUGCCUUAUGCUAGGGCCCCUGCAAUUUCUGUACUAGCUUCUCACGGGGUCUAAACAGACACCUGGUCAAGCCUCGAGGAUUUGUCUGCCCUGCUUUGCCUCAUGAUGUCAAGAACAACCUCCUCUGUAAUCCAUAUACAAUCCAUGACCUUGCAGCUGCUUUGCCACAGUUCUAUAGCCUCUGUGUAUGUGUCAGAGAAACUUGACAUUGUCAAUUGGACUGAAACAAAGACACAGACCCCUGGUAUUCAGUUUAAUUAUGUGAUCACUGAGAUCCCACUAAGACCCCGCUAAAGUGAGCACAAGCAUGGUCUUUUAUACCUUAAAAUUCACACAUUUCAGCAUUUUCAGGGGUGAAGAGUUCCUUAUCGACAAGGUUCCAGAUGCUUCCAUACAUUAUGCAAUAUCAGACAUGGGUCCUCACAUACACAAUCAGUUCACCAUUAGCCAAGCCCUUAGUUCUGUAGCCCUGAAGGCUGAAGGAAUGUUAUAAUAGACAAUAGGUGCAGAAGUAGACCAUUCGGCCCCUCGAGUCUGCACCGCCAUUCUGAGAUCAUGGCUGAUCAUUCACUAUCAAUACCCAGUCCCUGCCUUGUCCCCAUUUCCCUUGAUUCCCCUAUCCAUCAGAUAUCUAUCUAGCUCCUUCUUGAAAGCAUCCAGAGAAUUGGUCUCCACCGUCCUCCGAGGCAGUGCAUUCCACACCUCCACAACUCUCUGGGAGAAGAAGCUCUUCCUCAACUCUGUUUUAAAUAACUGACCUCUUAUUCUCAAUCCAUGCCCUCUAGUACUGGACUCUCCCAACAUCUGGAACAUAUUUCCUGCCUCAAUCCUAUCAAAUCCUUUAAUUAUCUUAAACGUUUCAAUCAGAUCCCCUCUCAAUCUCCUCAAUUCCAGCGUGUACAAGCCCAAUCGCCAAGUCGUUAAUUGUAUAGCCUGGAAAGCCAAUGGCCCCUCCCUCAUUGAUUAUUUUUUAAAAACAAGUAAUUAGUCAUGUAGCAUUGAGGGUUAAUGGUUCCUCCUUACACACAUCUGUGUGUUGUCGGGUUUUUUUGUUUCUAACGGGACGUUGCUAAUUAGUAUGAGGAGACAGACCCCACCUACUUCUUACCCUGUAUUAUAAUCAUAAUUUUGUUAACCAUUAAUUCUCAGGCUUCUUCCACAGUUCCCUCCUUUUUGAUGGUCAGAUCACUUUAUUCCUCUUCAUCUUCCGGAUAAGGGGCUUCAUAAACUGGGGACUGAGACUGCAUGUCUAAACAAGUGUCUUCAUCAUAUUCAGGAUCAAAGGGUUCCAACUUCAUCUUUGGAAACAUCUCUGUGGAUCUAUGCCAAGGCAGGGAUAGCAGGGCACAAGUAAAGCUAAAGAUUGCUACUACCACUCCUAUCAAUACCAGUAACAACCUAUAAUGCACCAACAUUGUCCACUACCCGCCUAAGAGAUUCCUUAAAGUCCACCACCCCCUGGGAGGAUUAUAGUUCUGGAAUUCUUCUACCUUACGUAUUUAACACUUAUGAAUAUAGUCCCCCAGAGGGGAUAUAUUCUUGGAUUCACAUAUAGGUACAACAUUCCUGUCCUAUGAUAGCACGGGUUCCACCUUUCUCAACGAGCAUGAAGUCCAGAGCCACUCUUAUUUUGCAGGGCUAAUGGCUGCUACCUCAGCAGUUAAGCUCCUUAAUCUGCUGCCAGGGUCAAAGCGGUAUCAUUGGCCGAGGGCUGAGGCCACUCACGUGUAUUCCUGAGCUGUUCUGCCUGCCCCGUGCAUAGGAAACAUCAUCAUCCCAAACCUCUCAGUCUCAGUAAUAGCUCUCUUAAUCCCGAUGCAGGGAUGCAAGUUUAAGGGUUUUAGAAUCUGCAUGAAGGGAACCACAUAGGCCAGUUAACAGGUCCCUACCCAGUUUCAGGGCAGCCCGGGAACAGGCACAGUAGCCACAAAGUAAGUACCCUAUUGAAAAUGGCCUCUGUGUGUCAUAUUUACAAAACAUAAAUGGCAUUUCCACUUCAAUUUCAAUGGGCAGCACCUCCCUCGGUGUACUGUUCACAGUCUUUCUCCUAAAGAAUAAGAGGCGAACAAGUGUAGGCAAACAUUUUGGGUCCUGUGACCAUAAUGUCAUUAGUUUCAAGUUAAUUAUGGCUAAGGAUAGGUCUGGUCCUCGAGUUGAGGUUCUAAAUUGGAGAAGGGCUAAUUUUGUGGAAAUGAGAAAGGAUCUAGGAAGAGUGGGUUGGGAUGAGUUGUUUUCUGGCAAGGAUGUGAUCAGUAAGUGGAAGGCCUUCUGAGGCAAAAUUUUGAGAGUGCAGAGUUUGCAUGUUCCUGCCAGGAUUAAAGGCAAAGUUAACAGGCAUAGGGAACCUUGGUUUUCAAGGGAUAUUGGUGAUCUGGUUAAGAAAAAGAGAGAGGUGUACAGCAGGUAUAGGCAACAAGGAACAAAUGAGGUACUUGAAGAGUAUAGAAAAAGUAAGAAAAUACUAAAGGAAAUCAGGAAGGCAAAAAGAAGACAUGAGGUUGCUUUGGCAGAUAAUGUGAAGGUAAACCUGAAGGGUUUCUACAAGUAUUUUAAGAGUAAGGGACAAAAUUGGUCCCCUAGAAGAAUAGAGUAGUUGUCUAUGUGUGGAGCCUCACAAGACGGGAGAGAUCUUAAACAGUUUUUUGCAUCAGUAUUUACUCAGGAAACUGGCAUAGUAUAUAUGGAAGGAAGGGAAACAAGCAGUAGUGUCCUCAAACAUAUAGAGAUUAAAGAGGAGGAGGUGCUUGCUGUCUUAGAGUGAAUAAAGGUAGAUAAAUCCCCUGGGCCCGACAUGAUAUUUCCUUGGACCUUGAGAGAGACUAAUGUAGAAAUUGUGGGGGCCCUGGCAGAAAUAUUUAAAAUGUCCUUAGCUAUGGGUGCAGUGCCAGAGGAUUGGAGGGUAGCUCAUGUUGUUCCAUUGUUUAAAAAAGGCUCCAAAAGCAAACCAGGUAAUUACAGGCCGGUGAGCCUGACAUCAGUAGCAGGUAAAGUAUUGUAAGGUGUUCUGAGAGAUCGGACUUCCCAGCUCUUACUACAUCCCUCCCCCUCCAGGUUUCACUUGUCACCUGGUGGUUCUCUCUCCCCCCCUCUUUUAAAUCUACUCAGAUUUUCCCCCCAGUCCUGCUGAAGGGUUUCGGCCCAAAAUGUCAACUGUACUUUCUUCCAUAGAUGCUGCCUGUCCUGCUGCAAUUUGUGUGUGUUGCUUGGAUUUCCAGCAUCUACAGAAUUUCUCUUGUUAAAAGAGAUGAGUAUUCUCUUCCCCCGGCUGAGGUAAAACAGCCGCUGCUCACCCGAUUCAAUCUGAUGGCUUUACCCCAAAAUUUUACAAUUUCAAUAGCUUUCUCGUCAGUCCAGACUAGACAAUUUUGGGCACUUGCCGGCAUUGGUCAUCCCA